CGCCUUCCCUCUUUCCUUCAACAAACCCUCCAAAAUACGAAAAUAAAAAUUCGGACAACUUAACGUGCUCUCUUACCUCCUCUGCACUCCCUCCCAUUAAAAACCCAACAAAAAGAAAACCCCAAAGUUUUCAAACCCUAAAGAAAAAAAAAAACAAAACAAAACAAAAAAGAGCCCUUGGAGAAAUGCUCGGUCGAUGCUUAGGAGAGCGCCGAGUUCGCCAGAUCCAGCGAGCUCUCCGCAACGGCAAGCUCACUGUCCUCUGCCUCCUCAUGACUUUCAUCGUCCUACGUGGCACCAUCGGCGGGAAAUUCGCACGCGCGGAGCAAGACUUCGAGGAGAUCCGGCCACGCGCUUCCGCCCUCACGGCUCCCUCCCCCACCGGGCCUCGUCGAGGCCAAACCUCCCUCGAUCGAUCCUCAAGGCUCCCAGCUCGCGACACGACGACGACGACAGCCGAGAUCCAUCCGGAACCCUACUCCCUCGCGCAGAUCUCCGAUUGGGACCAGCAGCGAUCUCAUGUUCCACGCCGCCACACACCGGUCUCACCGCCAUUAUUCACAGCCGUCAAGCCGCGGGUGCUCCUCGUCACCGGAUCCUCCCCCAAACCCUGCGAGAACCCCGUCGGCGAUCAUUAUCUCCUAAAAUCCAUAAAGAACAAGAUCGAUUACUGUAGGGUCCACAACAUUGAGAUCUUUUACAACAUGGCGCUGCUCGAUGCGGAGAUGGCCGGGUUCUGGGCGAAGCUGCCGCUGAUCCGGAAGCUUCUGCUUUCGCACCCCGAGGUCGAGUUCCUGUGGUGGAUGGACUCCGAUGCCAUGUUUACCGACAUGGCCUUCGAGCUGCCGUGGGAGAGGUACUCAAAGUACAAUCUUGUGAUGCAUGGGUGGGAUGAGAUGGUUUAUAAUGAUAAGAAUUGGAUUGGGCUGAACACGGGUAGCUUCUUGCUGAGGAAUUGCCAGUGGUCUUUGGAUCUUUUGGAUGCUUGGGCUCCGAUGGGGCCGAAGGGGACCGUUAGGACCGAGGCCGGUAAGGUUCUGACGAAGUUUUUGAAGGAUCGGCCAGUGUUUGAAGCUGACGAUCAGUCGGCGAUGGUUUAUUUGCUUGUUACGCAGCAGGAUAGGUGGAGGGAGAAGGUUUAUUUGGAGAAUGCUUAUUAUCUCCAUGGGUACUGGGGGAUUUUAGUCGAUAGGUACGAGGAGAUGAUUGAGAAUUAUCACCCGGGUCUUGGAGAUCAUAGGUGGCCUUUGGUUACUCACUUUGUGGGUUGUAAGCCUUGUGGGAAAUUUGGGGAUUAUCCGGUGGAGAGGUGUUUGAAGCAGAUGGACCGGGCUUUUAAUUUCGGGGAUAAUCAGAUAUUGCAGAUUUAUGGGUUUACGCACAAAUCGUUGGCGAGUAGGAAGGUGAAGAGGGUUAGGAAUGAGACGAGCAAUCCACUUGAAGUGCAGGACGAGCUUGGAUUGCUGCAUCCGGAGUUUAAGAAGGUUCAGGGUACAAAUACUGGCUCUUUAUGAAGUUAAACGUGUUUGUUCGUUCGUUCGUUCGUUUUAAUUUAUGAUGUUGUUUUUGUUCUUGUUUUUCGAAGUUAGGUGUGAUCAGGUUAUAGGUAUGAUUAUAACAUGAUGAAAAUCAUGAAAUUAUGAUGAUGUUCAUGAAGUUGGAUUUGGGGAUGUAUGAUUGUAGGGGCAGGGUAGUAGUCAUUUUCCUUUUGUUCUCUCUCUCUCUCUCUCUCUCUCUCUCUCUCUUUUUUCUCUCUCUCUCUCUCUCUCUCUCUCUCUCUCUCUCUCUCUCUCUCUCUCUCUCUCUCUCUUCUCUCUUUUUGGAAGAAAGUGAUUUUUUUUAUGUACCUUGGUGUUCUUUGUCACUUAAAAAACUAGCACAAUCUUUUUAUCGUCAAUGAGUUCAUUUAUUAGAAUUUAUUUGAUUUUGAGCGACAAAAGCUAUGUAUAAAGAUCAUUGUUGAGUUA